UCACUCUUCUUCCCUUACAAAUUACAAACCCUUUCCAUCCAUUCUUCCGGUCACUGAAAAUGGCGAAAACUAAUUGUUGGAUAUCGAUCGACUGCCCAGAUUUUUAAUUUUGAAUCUGCCGAUCUUUAAAUCUUAAUUUCGAGUUAAUUUACGCACACAGUUGAGUUGGAGAGGAAAGAUGCAGUCGUUCAAAUUGGUGAAAGAAGCUGUUUAUUUUAUUAGAUUAUCAUGAAAUUAAGUUAAUUUUGAGCUCAAAAGUUGUAAAGAUUGUAUUUUUGUUAGAUUUGGUGAAAAAGUUUUGAUUUUUUAUAAAGCAAAUGUUGCGAUGAUCACUGAUAGUUAUUCGAAGAUGAUGUCCGAUAUUGGAAUGCGAUCGAUGGUUUCAAACAACGAGGAGUUAGGGUUGUUGAUGAGGGAGAAGCGGAGACAAGAGGUUGCUGGUAACACUAACAUGACGAGUAGCAGUGAUCGAGAAAUGGAGCUUAAUAUGUACCGUAGUGGUUCAGCUCCGCCCACGGUGGAAGGAUCCUUGAAUGCGGUUGCCGGAUUGUUUGACGGUGGUGGAAAUGGUCUGUCGGCGGAGUUUGGCGGCAUUUCGGAGGAAGAGUUGAGGUCUGAUCCGGCUUACCUCUCGUAUUACUAUGCCAAUGUGAAUCUGAACCCACGCCUCCCGCCGCCGCUGUUGUCCAAGGAGGAUUGGCGGUUUUCUCAGCGACUGCACAGCGGCGGCGGUGGUGGAAACGGCAGUUCUGCUAUUGGGGACCGGAGGAACAUGAAUAGAGAUGAUGACAAUAAUACCAGGUCAUUAUUCGCCACUCAACUGGGGUUUACUGGAAACAAAGCAGAGAAUACUGGACUCACUGAGUCAAGGAAGCCUCAGGGCGGUGGCAGCACAGCGGAGUGGGGCGGCAAUGGGCUUAUCGGGCUACCAAGCUUGGGGCUCGGGAGUAGGCAAAAAAGCAUUGCAGAGAUCAUUCAGGAUGAUAUAAGUCAGGCUGCAUCUGGUUCUAGGCACCCAUCCCGUCCAACCAGCCGUAACACAUUUGACAACAAUGUUGACCUUUCUGAUUCUCAUUUUGCUCAUAGUUACGCUUCGGCUCUGGGUGCAUCUAUGUCUAGAAGUACCACACCUGACCCUCAGCUCAUGGCUAGAGCAGCUAGUCCUCGAAUUCCUGCUGUUGGGAGAGGGAGGAUUAGUUCUCUGGAUAAGAGAAAUGUGAGCGGUAUUAACGGACCUUCAGAUCUAGUGACUGGUUUUUCCGGAAUGAGUCUUUCUGCCAACGAUAUGGUGGAUGAAGAGAAUCAUUUGCAGGCCCGAAUUGAAAACACUCCCCAAUUGGGGAAAAGUUCAUAUCCCUAUAUGGGCAAAGCUGAUCUUGGGAACCCAUCUUUGUUAGCUGAUGCACAAGGGUCGCCGGUGAAUUCGUACAUGAAAGGGCCCACCAACGGUGCCGGAGGUUCUCCUCAGUACCAGAAUCUUGAUAGUCCAAGUUCAUCUUUUUAUGGUGGUUAUAUGAUGAAUCCUGCAUCACCAACCAUGAUGGCAAACCAGCUUGGCGGUGUAAAUUUGCCGCCUAUAUUUGACAAUGCUGCAAUUGCAGCAGCAAUGGGUGCCUCCGCCAUGGACUCUAGAGCAAUGGGUGGUGGGUUUGCUUUAGGACCUAAUAUGUUAACCGCAGAGCUGCAAAAUCUUGGUAGAGUUGGCAAUCACAGCCCAAAUGGUCUUCAGGUGCCACUUAUGGACCCGUUGUAUCUUCAAAACUUACGAUCAAGUGAAUACGCUGCAGCUCUGAAUGAUGCAACAAUCGAUAGGGAAUUACUGGCGCUUCAGAAAGCUUAUCUGGCUGGUUUGCUAUCUCCUCAGAAGUCUCCUUACGGUCUUAACCAUGGUUACUAUGGUAAUUCUGCAUAUGGCCUUGGGAUGUCGUAUCCCGGAAGCCCAUUGGGCAGUCCUCUUCUGCCCAACUCUGCUAUUGGAUCCGGAAGUCCUGUUAGACACGGUGAACGGAGCUUGCGGUUUCCUUCCGGGAUUCGUAACUUAGUUGGAGGUGAAAGCUUUGCAUCCUCUUUGCUAGACGAGUUCAAGAGCAAUAAAACCAAGUGUUUUGAGCUCUCGGAAAUUGCAGGCCAUGUUGUUGAAUUCAGUGCCGAUCAAUAUGGGAGUCGUUUCAUCCAACAGAAGCUUGAAACCGCUACAACAGAAGAUAAAGACAUGGUGUUCCAUGAAAUUAUGCCUCAAGCUCUUUCACUGAUGACUGAUGUAUUCGGUAAUUAUGUGAUCCAGAAGUUUUUUGAACAUGGAAAUGCUACUCAAAUAAGAGAACUGGCUGACCAGCUCACCGGGCAUGUUCUAACGCUUAGUCUUCAGAUGUAUGGUUGCCGGGUUAUCCAAAAGGCUAUUGAGGUUGUUAACCUUGACCAACAAACAAAAAUGGUUGCGGAGCUUGAUGGUCAUGUUAUGCGUUGUGUUCGUGAUCAAAAUGGGAAUCAUGUCAUCCAAAAGUGUAUUGAAUGCGUGCCGGAAGAUGCUAUUCAUUUCAUCAUCUCGACAUUUUAUGAUCAAGUCGUGACGUUAUCAACCCAUCCCUAUGGUUGUCGUGUUAUACAGAGAGUCUUGGAGCAUUGCUGCAACCCUAAAACGCAAAGCAUAGUUAUGGAUGAAAUCUUGAAAUCCAUUUGCAUGCUGGCACAAGAUCAAUAUGGAAAUUAUGUUGUUCAGCAUGUAUUGGAACAUGGAAAGCCACACGAGCGAACAUCUAUUAUAGAGCAAUUAACCGGGCAGAUAGUUCAGAUGAGCCAACAAAAGUUUGCCUCCAAUGUUGUUGAAAAGUGUCUGACUUUUGGUACCCCGGAGGAACGCCAGAUCCUGGUGACGGAGAUGCUAGGCACCACCGAUGAAAAUGAACCCCUUCAGGUGAUGAUGAAAGAUCAGUUUGCUAAUUACGUUGUGCAGAAAGUGCUGGAGACAUGUGAUGAUCAGCAACUCGAGCUGAUUCUUAAUCGUAUUAAGGUUCAUCUGAAUGCUCUAAAGAAAUAUACUUACGGAAAGCAUAUUGUUGCCCGUGUCGAGAAACUUGUUGCUGCUGGAGAAAGGAGGAUCGGGACACUGGCCGGAUAUGCUGCCGCGGCCGCUGCUGCUGCUACUGCUGCUACUGCUACCAAUUAGGUAUCGGCAUCGAGAGAGUUGUACAGCUAACUGAGAGUAUGAAUGGUUUGUGUUUCUUGGUUCGUUUUAACAUCAUAUCCAGCUGAGUAUCUUUUCCAAAUAAAAAACGGUUUGUAGCCAUGAAAACUUGUACAUUGUUAGUUUUUUAUAUAUUAUAUAUAUAUAUAUAUACCUAGGACUCGAGUCUUUAGCCGAGGCUCAGAGGGUGAAACACACCCGAGGCCGCCCCCGUUGCAGAACCAAGUUAGUGUUUAUGUUGUGACUGUACAAAUAUAGAGCCGGGUGCAGCAGAGCCUUAUGGUGUAUUUAGGUGUUGCCGGAAUUUUCUUUGUGCAUGGAUUUUAUGAUUCCGUUUAUUUAGUGGAACCUUUGUU